CGGGCGCCCCCGGCGCGCGGCCCCCGCGGGCACCAUGAGCCCCCUGCUCCGCCGCCUGCUGCUGCUCGCGCUCCUGCAGCUGGCCCCCGCCCAGGCCCCUGUCUCCCAGCCUGAGAGCCCUGGUCACCAGAAGAAAGUGGUGUCAUGGAUAGAUGUGUAUGCGCGUGCCACCUGUCAGCCACGGGAGGUGGUGGUGCCCCUGACUGUGGAGCUCAUGGGCACCAUGGCCAAACAACUGGUGCCCAGCUGUGUGACCUUACAGCGCUGCGGUGGCUGCUGCCCUGACGACGGCCUGGAGUGCGUGCCCACUGGGCAGCACCAGGUCCGAAUGCAGAUUCUCAUGAUCCGGUACCCAAGCAGUCAGCUCGGGGAGAUGUCCCUGGAAGAACACAGCCAAUGUGAAUGCAGACCAAAAAAAAAAGAGAGUGCUGUGAAGUCAGACAGGGCUUCCACUCCCCGCCACCGUCCCCAGCCCCGCUCCGUUCCGGGCUGGGACUCUGCCCCCGGAGCACCCUCCCCAGCUGACAUCACCCAUCCCACUCCAGCCCCAGGCCCCUCUGCCCACGCUGCGCCCAGCGCCGCCAGCGCCCUGACCCCAGGACCUGCCAAUGCCGCUGCCGACGCCGCAGCUUCCUCCGUUGCCAAGGGCGGGGCUUAGAGCUCAACCCAGACACCUGCAGGUGCCGGAAGCUGCGAAGGUGACACACUGCUUCUCAGAUGCCUCCCAGGCCAUGGCCCAGAGGGGACAAGAGGGCCGCCUGGUGAGAAGAGCCCAGCCCCAAGACCUCAACCUGGGCAGAAGUUGCUCUAGGACCUGGGCCUGUCAGGGGGCUUUCCUGCCACCCCUGUGCCUCUCCACGGCUGCCAUUCAACAGGGUGGGAGCAGCUGGUCGAGGAGACUGAGGCGGCAGGCGGGGUCACGUACCAGCGUGGGAAAAGGUCUGGCUCAGUUCCUAAGCACCCUGUGCGAGUGAGCGUCUCACACCCGCUCCCCCUCUGCUUGCUGAGAAGAGCCUGAUCCGCUGAAAAUCUUGGGCUCGGGGACAAGAACUGUUGACUCCCAACCCUGAUAAAGAGAUGGAAGGAGCUGUCCCGGCUUGUGUCACUCUGUUGCUGUCCCUGCUGGCUGGUUUGGGCGUGAAUGCCUGCGUCACACUGCACCGCCUCCUCCCAAGCCGGGGAGAUGGAGGCAACCAGGCCCCGGGCCCCACACCAGGUCCCAGAUGGAGCCAAAAGCCAUGUAUUCUUCACAUACAUGACUGUCAGGGCUUGGUGAGUCCCUGCCACCCCGCUCCUCACAAGCUCCUCCUCCUGGAAGGAGACAACCUGCUGCAGUCAAUGAGCUUGAGGUGGCACCAGAUUUGCUGAAUGACCUUGGCGGUCACCCCUUGCUUUCUGAGUUUUCAUACUGUGCGUGGAGGGAACAGAUGACUGCUGUGUUCUGGGCUCUGGGGCUCUGGGCAGUUUGCAUCUGUCUCCAUAUAAAAGGACACCCCUCUACCCUGCCUGGCAGCACUGUCUGCUGCUUUUUGCUCCCUUAGCUGAACACUAAUGUGACACACCUGCCCUAGUCCCACCUCACUCCCAUCUCCCUGCGAGGCAAGUGCCCAAGGUCUGUGGCUGGUGGGCAUGAUGUGGGAGACAGGCCCUUCCUGACCCAACCAUAGAUUUCUCCACCUUUCCCUCCCUUGCACCUUGGGCACCCCUCCUCAGCGUCUGUGCUUGAGACUCUCCUGACCUUUGGCCAGCACUAGCUCGGAAGCUGGACCUCUGCCCGCAGUCACCAGGGUCCCUGGGGCUGAGUGGUGAGGGGGUGGAACAAAAGCCAACCUUGAGCACCAGUGUUUUGUCCUUCUGAGGCAGGAAAAUCGGGCAGAGUUUACCCCAAAGCAGCUACCUUAAGUGAGGCUUUCUCUGGCGUGUUCAGUUGGAGGGGUUGGUAGGUCCCAAGCAAGCGCGGGGUUACAACACAAGAGACAGUUCCUGAUUGUGAUUACUAUUUUCAAAUCUCAGUCAUGCCAUUAGUGAUCAUGUCACAGCCCAAAGAGAACAGGACAGUUGAGGAUCGGGGGCCCCACAGCUGCCACCUCGCGGCCCACUGAGCCGCGGGACAUGCAAAAUACAUCAUAUGCACAUCCUCCCCGCGUGCUCUUCUGAGGUCAGC